CACAACACUAUAAAUUCCCACACCGAGAUUCUCGCCCAAACCUCCCAGCAUCACUCACAUACACACACACUCUUCUCGCUACUCGCCCCCGAUCCGAAAGGGCAAACGAAAAUCUCUCAUCUCCGUACUCGCAUUAGGGUUUGAAAAUGGCGGAGGAAUCGGCGGAGAGCACGGUCACGACGGCGGCGACCGGUGAAUCGCUUCUUGACAAGAUCAGCGACAAGCUUCACGGUCACGAUUCUUCCUCCGAUUCCGAUUCCGAGAAACCCUCCCUUUCUUCCGUUAAGCAGAAGAUUUUCCGCCUUUUCGGUAGGGAGAAGCCCCUCCAUUCCGUCCUCGGCGGCGGAAAGCCUGCUGAUGUUCUGUUGUGGAAGAACAAGAAGGUAUCUGCUGGUGCACUUGGAGUAGCUACUGCUGUUUGGCUCUUUUUUGAGCUGCUUGAAUACCAUCUUCUUACUCUAGUGUGUCACAUUUUGAUUCUUUCGAUUACGCUUUUGUUUUUGUGGUCCAAUGCUCAUACCUUACUUCACAAGGCUCCGCCUCGCAUUCCUGUGUUUCAUCUUCCUGAAGAGCCGUUUCUGGAAAUUGCGUCUGCAUUGAGAAUUGAGAUCAAUCACGGGUUUGCUGCAUUGCGUGAUAUUGGUACUGGAAAAGAUGUGAAGAAAUUCCUCAUUGCUAUUGUUGGCUUGUGGAUUCUAUCCAUUGUGGGGAGUUGGUGCAAUUUCUUGACUCUGUUCUACAUAAAUUUUGUUCUGUUGCUCACAAUUCCUUUCUUGUAUGACAAGUAUGAGGAUAAGAUAGACCCUCUGGCUGAGAAGGCAGCCCAUGAGAUUAAGAAGCAGUAUGUGGUGUUUGAUGCAAAGGUCUUGAGUAAGGUCUUGAGUAAGAUUCCAAAAGGUCUAUUGAAGGGGAAGUUAGCUUAGUGUUCAAGGAUUUGUGUACUUUUGUGAAAGAGAAAGAACAAAAAAAAGCUCCACUUGAGUAUUUUUAAAUACAGGAGCCUCUUUCUGUUACCACCAUAUACCAAGUGUUGUUUUGGGGUUGUUUCUAGGCCUGGUUUGAUAUUCAUACUCAUGGGUUUAGCUUCAUGAUGUAGUGUUAAUUUUUUGCUACAGGCGCCUGGAUUUUAUUGGCUGCAGUGUUGGAUUCCUUGUAGUCAUUCAGUCAGUGGCUGUUGUAAGCUAAAAAUAUUAAUAUGUUAAGGUUGUUUUUAUAAAAUUGCUUAGUUUUUCUUUC